ACGUCUAUGCUGAAUAUCGAUUUUUUCGCCUCAUUUUUUGAUUUGCCGCGUAUGCAACGCCGUGACACAAUGGCGGCUUCCGUUAUGGUCACGUACUUUUUGUCGAUCGUCUUCAGUAAAAUGUAAAGAUCUGUCGAAAAUGCGAUCUUUUCGACAGUCUUUCGGCGCCUAAAGAUGACAUAGCGAUAUAGAGACUCUGAGGUAUUCCUGUAGAGGAUCGCUGGGGUUACUGAUACACGUUACAAGAAAAAACUACACUCGCCACAAAAUGUCAAAGCGACCUGCAGAUAGCGGGGAUUCGGCUUCCCAGCCACCCAUUAAAAAAGUUCAAUUCGAACCUAUUCUAAUCGGGCCCAUAUCGACCCUUGAAGAAAUGGACAUGAAAGUUCUACAGUUUCAAAAUAAAAAACUAGCCCAGCGGUUAGAACAGCGCCACAGGGUUGAGGCAGAAUUGAGGCAAAGGAUUGAGCAAUUAGAGAAAAGGCAAAUGCAGGAUGACGCAGUGCUUAAUGUUGUUAAUCGAUAUUGGAAUCAAUUGAAUGAAGACAUACGUGUAUUACUUCAAAGAUUUGAUGCAGAAACAGCAGAUGAAUCCGAAAAUAAAAAUGAAAGUGAAGCCACAACAUCAUUUCUGAUGCAACUCUCCUCUUGGGACAAAGAGGAGUUGGAUGACAAAUUGGCAAAUCGUGUCCAAGUUUCUAAACGUGCGGUUUCUAAAGUUGUACAGGCAUUUGAUCGUCUUUCUCAGAGGAAUGAAAAAAUUACACUUGCACUCAAGGGAGAAUUCGACGGAGAAGAGGCACCUAAUAUCGAUGAAGUGGUUCGUAGAGCAAAUGCUGAAAUACAAAUGGAGAAUAGAAAUCUGCAAGCAAUAAAUAUACAACUUCACGAAAAAUAUCAUACCAUUUCACUAAAGAUGUCAGAACUGCAAGAUACUAUAACAGGAAAAGAUACCCUUGCAGCAGAACUUCGUAACCAAGUAGAUGAUCUUCAAUAUGAAUUAAAUAAAGUGAGGGCACGCAAUGACAAAUUGGAACACCACCUUGGAGAAGCAAUUGAGAAACUAAAAGCGUUUCAACAGAUACAUGGAACUGAUGAGAAGGGUAGCAAUAAACCAAACACCCUGGUAGCGUCUAGUGUUUCGCAAACGAAGCUUGAAGACUUGCAGAGAGAGUUAGAAGAAACAAGAGAAUUAGCGAAUAAUAGGUUACAAGAAUUGGAUAAAUUGCAUCAACAGCAUCGUGAUACAUUGAAAGAAGUAGAAAAAUUAAAGAUGGAUAUACGUCAACUUCCAGAGUCUGUAAUUGUCGAGACGACAGAGUACAAAUGCUUACAGUCCCAAUUUUCUGUAUUAUAUAAUGAAUCAAUGCAACUGAAAACACAAUUAGACGAUGCUCGGCAACAAUUACAAUCCAGCAAAAACGCUCAUUUACGUCAUAUUGAAAUGAUGGAGAGUGAAGAAUUAAUGGCACAGAAAAAGUUACGAGGAGAAUGUAUACAACUGGAAGAUGUUUUAGCUCAAUUGCGAAAAGAAUACGAAAUGCUGAGAAUCGAAUUUGAGCAAAACUUAGCAGCAAAUGAACAGACUGGACCAAUUAACAGAGAAAUGAGACAUUUGAUAACAUCUCUGCAGAAUCACAAUCAGCAAUUAAAAGGUGAAGUUCAUCGAUACAAACGGAAAUACAAAGAAGCUUCUUCAGAAAUACCAAGGCUAAAGAAAGAAAUAGAGGAACUGACAGCCAAAUUGGGCCAGCAAACGUCUCAAGAAAGUAAGGAAGGUAACAAUUCAGAUGGUAGCGGAAAGGAAGAAGAUGCAUCAAAUUCCCUUUCAGGAUCUGCACAGAUUAAAGAAGAAAGUGGUGUUUCUAUUAAGAGAGAAUCUGGGGAAGAAGAGGUUGAAACCAUUGAAGUUGGAGAAGGUGAAGGAAACAAAGGUACUCCAGAUUCUCUGACUUUAACAUCUCCGACCCUGAAGAAAGAAAAAGAUAUAAAACGUGAAAAGGACAUCAAGAAGGAGAACAUUAAAACCGAACAUCGCGAUCCGACUCAUCGCGCUAAAGACACGAAAGUAGCUGAAUCAGAACUUGUCAGAGACCUGAAAGCACAACUUAAGAAAGCUGUGAAUGAAAUGAAAGAAAUGAAACUUCUUUUGGACAUGUACAAAGGUGUUGGUAAAGAGCAAAGAGAUAAAGUGCAAUUAAUGGCUGCUGAACGGAAAACAAGAGCAGAAUUAGAAGAAUUGCGUCAGCAAAUAAAGAAAAUUCAAGAAAGUAAACGUGAGGAGCGCAAGAAGCUAGCAGAUGAAGAUGCACAAAUAAAAAUUAAAAAAUUAGAAGAACAAGCUUAUACUCUUCAGCGUCAAGUGGCUUCUCAGAAACAGAACUGUGUGUGGUUGCAGGAAGAGGAGGCUUUAUUGAACGAAAUGGAGGUGACCGGUCAAGCAUUUGAAGACAUGCAAGAUCAAAAUUCUAGGUUGAUACAACAAUUACGAGAGAAGGAUGACGCGAACUUCAAGCUGAUGACGGAAAGAAUCAAGAGUAAUCAACUGCAUAAAUUAGCCAGAGAGGAGAAGGAUGUUUUAAAAGAGCAAGUUUCGACGUUAACGACGCAAGUCGAAGCAGCCAAUGUAGUUGUUCGCAAAUUAGAAGAAAAGGAACGUCUCUUGCAAAAUUCUUUAGCAACUGUUGAAAAGGAAUUAGCUUUGAGACAACAGGCGAUGGAAAUGCAUAAACGGAAAGCUAUCGAGAGUGCACAAUCUGCGGCUGAUUUAAAACUUCAUCUUGAAAAAUAUCAUUCUCAGAUGAAAGAAGCGCAACAAGUUGUAGCUGAGAAGACCAGUUCCUUAGAAGCGGAAGCGUAUAAAACAAAAAGAUUACAGGAGGAGAUAGCUCAACUAAGGCGUAAAGUUGAGAGGAUGAAGAAGAUAGAGUUAGCUGAAACUUUGGAUGAAGUGAUGGCAGAAGAAUUGCGCGAAUACAAGGAGACUCUUACAUGUCCAUCGUGUAAAGUAAAACGCAAGGAUGCCGUUUUGACGAAAUGCUUCCAUGUGUUCUGCUGGGAUUGUUUGCGUACGCGAUAUGAAACGCGACAGCGGAAAUGUCCGAAAUGCAAUUGUGCUUUUGGAGCGAACGAUUAUCAUCGUCUAUAUCUGUCCACAUGAAGAAGGAAACUCUAAAUUAUUUGAAUUUUGUGUGACGUCUUUUAAUUCGACCGCGCGAACCUUCUAAAAGGUUUACACAUGCAUUUUUCUAAUGCUUCCUAUUUAUUAUCCCAAUCAUUGGUCCAACUUAGAUAUGAGAUCGUAAACGAAGAAAACUGUAGAAAUGAAGUUUGUAAAAGAUUACAAUUAUUUCGUCGAGUGUAAUUCGAGAAAAAAUGAGCUGCAUUUUUAAACGUGUUUUGUAGUAA